CUACACCCCACCCCACCCCACCCCACCCCACGCCAUAACCAUAUCAAUUCUCAUCCGACCUCCCAUGGACGGUAUUUAUUGAUUGAUUGAUUCAACCUAUACAAGUGUUUACCGCCGACAAAAAAUGCUUGUGUCGGUAUUUCUUGCCCUGUUUCUACCAUGCGCCGGAAUGAGCGCAGUGUUCCUAGUCUACAUCUGCCUAUUAUGGUACGCUGCUGGUACAAACUCGGAGUUCCGGUUGCCGGAAAAGCCCACAAAAGACCAGGGUCUGUCUUCAUCGGAGCUUGAGAAACUGCCGAAAAUGACCGGAAAAGAUUUGGUGAUGGGCACGGAGUGUGCGGUUUGUUUGGAUGAGAUCGAAAGCGACCAGGCAGCUAGACUUAUUCCCGGUUGCAACCACGGCUAUCAUCUACAGUGCGCCGAUACAUGGUUGUCCAAACACCCGGUUUGUCCCGUUUGUAGGGCCAAGCUCGAUCCUCACCUCUUCGAUCCUCCUGAAAUCAAUCCUUGCUAAAAGAGAGGCCUGUUAUGUAUCUACCCUUAUCGUGGUUCUUUGAUUUUUCUUAGCUUCUGAAAUCUUUCCACAUAUAGCUAGGUGUUGUUCAAUUGAUUAGUUGUUUUUUUUUUGUUCAAUGUACCUCAAGUAAUCAAUUUCUCUAUCAAA